AUGAUGGAUGUGGAUGUGGAACAGAGCCCUUCAGUCGCCUCUCAGGACAGGACAAAGCUGGCUAAGAAGCUGGGGCAGAAACGGAAGCCCGGGGUCCCAGAGAGCAGCCCCUCGAUGCCACCACCCCCGUCCCGGCCUAACGUGAAGAAAGUUCGGACUGAUCAGGUCGGUGAGGCUCCCAAGGCAGUCGAGAAGAAGCCUGUGCCACCAACAGAAGAUCAAGCCAAACAGCAGGCUGUGGGGACGGUGGGAAAGAAGUCAUCAAGUGGGCACGAACAUGUUCACAACCCGUUUGUGGCGCCUGUUGCAGAUUUCUUGCGCCAACAUGGUUCAGUGCCACUGACUGAGCUAGCCCAAGAAUUCAAGAAAUUGAUAAAGAGCAAGGAUGACAGGGAUAAGUUCAUACAGGGUGUCCGGAAGGUCGCUGUGUCGUCAGCGGAUCCCAAAGACCCCAGCAACAAGAUCCUCAGGCUGAAAACUUGA